GACACGCAGAGCGGGCGCGGCUUCCCGGGUCCCCGGCAGCGGCCUCUACACUCGCGGCGGCGGCAUCUACGCUCGCAGAGCCGCCGAUGCGCGUCCGGUGACCCGGACAGCGAGGCCCGCGCGCGGCGGGGGCGGCGGCAGACGCCUGGCCACCGUGACCCCAAUUUUGGACUUACCACUCGGGGGGUGGGGGGAGCCUAACUGGCGAUUGUUUUGGGGGACGCCGGACGCCAUGUUGUGGAAAAUAACCGAUAAUGUCAAGUAUGAAGAGGAUUGCGAGGAUCGCCACGACGCGAGCAGCAAUGGGAACCCGCGCCUCCCCCACCUCUCCUCGGCCGGGCAGCAUCUCUAUAGCCCCGCGCCGCCCCUCUCCCAUACUGGAGUCGCCGAAUACCAGCCACCACCCUACUUCCCACCUCCCUACCAGCAGCUGGCUUACUCGCAGUCAGCCGACCCGUACUCGCAUCUGGGAGAAGCCUACGCCGCUGCCAUCAACCCCCUGCACCAGCCGGCGCCCACCGGCAGCCAGCAGCAGGCCUGGCCCGGCCGCCAGAGCCAGGAGGGGACUGGCCUGCCGUCGCACCACGGGCGCCCGGCCGGCCUGCUCCCCCACCUCUCCGGGCUGGACGGGGGUACCAUGAGCGCCCGCCGCGAUGCCUACCGCCGCUCAGACCUGCUGCUGCCGCCGCACGCGCACGCCCUGGACGCCGCGGGCCUGGUGGAGAACCUGGGGCUCCACGACAUGGCGCACCAGAUGGAGGAGGUGCAGAGCGUCGACGACCAGCACCCGCUUCUGCACGAUCAGACGGUUAUUCGCAAAGGUCCCAUUUCAAUCACCAAGAACCCCUUGAGCCUCCCUUGUCAGAAGGAGCUGGUGGGGGCCGUGAUGAAUCCCAGCGAGGUCUUCUGCUCCGUCCCUGGAAGAUUGUCCCUCCUCAGCUCCACGUCUAAAUACAAAGUGACAGUUGCCGAAGUCCAGAGGCGAUUGUCCCCGCCUGAGUGCCUGAAUGCCUCAUUACUGGGAGGUGUUCUCAGAAGAGCCAAAUCUAAAAACGGAGGCAGGUCCCUGCGGGAGAAGUUGGACAAGAUUGGGUUGAAUCUUCCAGCCGGGAGACGGAAAGCUGCCCAUGUAACGCUCCUGACCUCCUUAGUAGAAGGUGAGGCUGUGCAUUUGGCUCGGGACUUCGCAUAUGUUUGUGAAGCAGAAUUUCCUAGUAAAUCGGUGGCCGAAUAUUUAACCAGACCUCAUCUAGGAGGACGGAAUGAGAUGGCAACCAGGAGGAACAUGCUGCUGGCCGCACAGCAAGUGUGUAAAGAAUUCACAGACCUUCUCAAUCAAGACCGAACACCCAACGGGAACAACCGGCCCACCCCGGUGUUGGAGACGAACAUACAGAACUGCUUGUCUCAUUUCAGCCUGAUUACCCACGGGUUUGGCAGCCAGGCCAUCUGUGCCGCCGUGUCUGCUGUGCAGAACUACAUAAAAGAAGCCCUGAUAGUCAUAGACAAAUCCUAUAUGAAUCCUGGAGACCAGAGUCCAGCUGAUUCUGGCAAAACCCUGGAGAAAAUGGAGAAGCAUAGGAAGUAAAAUGAGGGGGAACGAAGGGCCGAAGAGUCUUGAAGGAAAAGGCCUCUGAAGUCGUUCUUGACCUGGACAGACUGGGAACCCCUCUGGCCUGGUGGACAGAGUUUUUACCCACCUUCCCAUUAAAAAGGCUUCCACUGAUUUCCAGAUCCGCGCGUGCCCUCCCGGAUUGUUAGUUGUUUCUCUAGCGCUGAAGUAUCUCCUUAACUCUGGACAAGUUAUCAGAAGGUGACAAGUACUGGUUCUUUACUCAUUAAGCUUGUAUUUUAUUUUUUUGAACCCCAUUUUUCCUUUCUCUGAAAGUGGUGCUACAAGUUUUAGAACCUUUAAAAUAAAUUGCCUGGGUGAAGAAAAACCCACACACUUAGCUGUUGAAAUGUCACACUGAUGUGAUUCAGAUCAACAAUAACCUUCAGUGUUAAGGUAAUGGCUGGCUUUUGUGUCCACUAAAUAUUUAUCUAAAAAAAAGUAUCUAGCUUCUUCAGAUAUCAAAUCCUACAUGCAGUGGGAGGAUGUAACAGAUUCUGUCUGCUUAGCAACUAGUUAAAAGGUGGUAUUUGACACAUUUUAAACCCGUCGUUCAAAGGGGGCCUUUGGGUUUUCCGAAACUUGUAGAGAAACAAAGCCUGCUGACGAUUUUAUGUUUUUCUUUUUUUAAAAAAAAACUUUGCAAGUUAACUCUUCAAAUGGGAGACUCUGAAAUGACAUGUUCCUUUAAGGUACUAAGCUUUAUUUGCAUAUUUAUUUCACAUCUUGGUGUUUUGAGUAAACUUGAAAAGGGUAUAGGCAUGAAGCAUUUUUUUGCUGCCUGUCACCCCCAAGUCCCAGAGGAGGCUCUGUAUUGUGAGAAACAGUGCGUUGAGUGUACAGAUUUUAUUUAUGCAUAAUUUAAUGGGGUCUGUAAAUACGGGUGCACUUCUUAUGACUUUUUGAGAAAUGGGAUUCGAUUUUAAUAUUAACUUUUAAAGGUGAUGGGGUAAUCUAAAACACAUCUUUAGGUUUUCUUCGUAUGUGCACAGAGUAUUAAGAAUUAAGAGGAUCCUGGGUUCUGUUCUUGAUGCGGAAGAUGCUAUUUAAUUGAAGCUCUGUUCACAAAGCAAUAACUUUGUGUCUUCAUUCCGGUGGGGCUGGACCUGCAGAUGAGUGUGCGGUACCGUGUGUAUGGGUGAAAUGGAGUUGGAAGUGAACUCCGUGCCUGUAAACGUUCCCAAAAUAUUGUUGUGUAUAUGAUACCUGUAUAAUAAAAAGUAUUCUCGAUAGAA